ACGACUCCAUCAUAUCCCAUUGAAUUGUUGGACCAUUUUUGAUAAGGAAAAAAUCAUAAUAAUUGUUAAAAAGAAGAAGAAAAAGAGGGAUACGGGUCUUUUAGCUGUGUAUAAAUCAAGUUGAAUAUCUCACUCUCUCUACAUAGCUACAAACAAUGUCUUAAAAUAAAUCUUAUGUCUUAAAACAAGACUUUGCGCACUGCGUCAGAAAAUGUCCGACACUAUGAGUACCAGGGCGCAACGCAGCGGAGAGUUCCGACAGGAGAUAAGGGUAAUAACCGUCUCUCAUCUGAGUAUGGAGGGACAAAACUGGGCUAUUCAAGAGUGGGGUAUGCCGGAGUCCACACUCACACACCUCGUCAUCUGCAUCACACCUAGCCAAAAUAUACAUGGCCCUGACCACCAUCUCACCACGUUACUCAGUACUCGUCCCUCUUUCGUCCAUUACCAGUACCAACAAGGCUGGUAUGACGAGGCUACUGCCAUCCGUCUCUAUAGGGACUUCCUCAGAAUAAACGACCCUGCCAUCGUUGUCUUGUCCGAGGUUACCACGCCUAUGUUCAUUGAGGUGCAGAGGAAUGAGGUUCCUCUCCGUCGAAGAAGUGUGAGGGAGUUGUGGAGACAAAACUCAUAGUGAGAGAAGACAUGGUGAAAAUGCAUAGUUCCGGGAUCCCACCGUUGUUUCCUCUUGAGGAAAAUGAAUUUCCCUUCUUAAAACGAUUGGUUUAAACUUUUAACUCAUUUGCUUCAGUUGUGUUUUAUCUCUACCAUCAUACUUGGAUUUUCUUGUGCUAAGUUAAAGUUGCACUUACGCUUCAGUUGUGUUUAUGUGAGAAUAAAGUUGCAAUUAAAGGGAGUUAAGAGGAAGAUGAGUUACAUUAUAAUAAGUUAGAACAUGUUGGUUGGU